CUCCACCUGUUCGUUAAAAGUACUCAAUGCGCUGCCUGGAUUACAUUGGAAAUAAGCUUCCAAAACCAAUGCUCUUAGUUUAAUUUGGACUCUUUUUUUGCAGCAGUUACAGAUACAGUUUGAACAGACAAUAUUAAUUAAUUAAUUAGCCAGAGAGUGGAUAUGCUGCGUAACGUCUCCAAGGUCCAUGUUUUGGUCAGUUUUGCCUUUAUUUUCGUCGUUCUAGGGGCCGUCUAUAUCUACUCAGUACAUGAUGUCCCAUACUUCAGCUUGUGCCAACCAUGUGAUGCUAACCCUGAGCCAGAGGUGAACGAUUUAACAGAUGCACUGAAGGUUGCAGAGAUAAAAGUGUGCCCGAACAACCGCUGGAAGAUCACAGAACUAAAAAUGCAAAAUGGACUGAAAUAUGCUCAGCCAAGCACACAGCAAGGAUUCGUGCUGAAGCAGACUAUCUUUUUAUGAUGGACAUCGACAGUGUCUUCCACAACCGUUUUGGGGCCGAGUCUCUCAGUCAGCUGUCGGCUGUGCUUCACCGUGGCUACUACAAGAAUACAAAAAGGGAUGGCUUUCCAUAUGAGCGUCGGCCCAAGUCCAAGGCCUACAUUCCUAUUGGUGAAGGAGACUACUACUACACUGCUGCUGUCUGGGGUGGAUACCUGGAGGACAUGUACAAGCUAGUCAAAUACUGCUACACACAAUCAGAGGAGGACUCCAAGAAUAACAUUGAAGCUGUGUGGCAGGAAGAGAGUCACCUCAACAAGUACCUGUUGUACAACAAACCAACCAAGGUGCUGUCUCCAGAGUACCUGUGGUCAGACUAUGAUAAGGUACCAGCAGACAUUAAACUCGUCAGGAUCUCCCAGUUGGUCAAGAACUAUGCAGAAGUGCGGCCCAAUGGUGGACAGUGAUGUCAAGUCAAUGAUAUCCAGGACAAUGGUAUAUGUGACAGCCUAUCAUAUAGUCAUAUAGUACAAAUGAAGGGUUUAAAGAAAUAUCAAAUAAGUGAAUUCAAAUCUUGGUCCCCUGUAUGAUUUAUACAAGAUGAAAUGUGUAUGUUUUAUAGCAUGGGGUUCUUCAUCUCUGCUUAAUCACUCUUGCUUUUUUUUUGUUCUGGGUUUCAGGAUGCCUUAGCAUCAAUUAUAGCUUCCUUACACUUCCUACACACCAUCUAUGUUUUUUGUAAAGUAUAGAACACAGAAAAAAAAGGAUUUUUAUGGUAAACUGCAGCCUAAAAAGAAAGUGUUGGAAAGAUUUACAUUAUAGACCAUGCUUGUGACUUUUGUAAUUCAGACAGUAAACACUAUUUACAGUAAUUUCUUACACCUAUUUUGGGUAAAUAUACAGUUAUAUGCAAAUGUUAAUUUUAUGUUCAUUUUAUUUUUAAUUUUAUUUUUAUGGUUAGGGUUUUUAUUUUUGGUUUAAUGUAUGUAAUGUAUGUUUUGUAUUUUUUAUGCUACUGGAUACUUGAAUUUCUUUCGGGAUAAAUAAAGUAUCUAUUUAUCUAUCUAUGUUUGGCCACACCUUGACAAAUAACACAUUUUGGUGAUUUUUUAAAAAUUUUUUAAGAUGUAAACACUGUCUCUUGAGAGCAUAUUUGCAGCAAACAUCAAUGUAUUGUUUCAUUUUAUUUCACAAAUUGAACAAAAAUAAAAAUACUAUUGUGGCAUGUGCAAAUGUUUGACCA